UUCAGAUAAGAUUGAGCAAAGCAAUUAAUAAACAUAAGUAAACAGUCUGUCUCCCAUUCUUGUCUGUCCCUUAUUAUUACAAUAUCUUGAAAUAGAUCAGAACCUUUUCUUCUUCUUUUAUUUUCCCUUUCUUUUCCAAUAACUCUCAUUUGUUUAGGUUAGAUCUGCGAGAGAAAAAAAGAGAGCGAGAAAUGGGGAGAAUGCGACAGUAUUUGGCAAUGAAAACGGAUCCUGUUGCUCAAGAAUUGAUCAGUUCCGAUAUCAAAGAACUCAAGCUGGCUGCGAUUAAAUUGAUGGAUGAUGCAACUAAACUUGGAGGUCUUGGUUUUGGAACUUCUUUUCUUAAAUGGGUCGCCUCAUUUUCUGCUAUUUAUUUGUUAAUCCUGGACCGAACAAACUGGAGAACAAACAUGUUGACCUCACUUUUGGUACCUUACAUCUUCUUUAGUCUUCCUUCAGGAUUGUUCAGAUUUCUAAGGGGGGAUGUUGGAAAAUGGAUUGCCUUCAUUGCUGUCGUUCUAAGACUGUUCUUCCCCAGACACUUUCCAGACUGGCUGGAGAUGCCAGGAUCAUUGAUUCUUUUACUGGUGGUGGCUCCAAAUUUCUUUGCAGUCACCUUGAAGGACAGCUUGGUUGGUGUUUUCAUAUGCCUCCUCAUUGGAUGUUACCUAUUACAGGAACACAUCCGAGCAUCGGGUGGAUUCCGGAAUUCCUUCACUCAGAGUAAUGGAAUAUCAAACACCAUCGGCAUUAUCCUUCUGUUAGUCUACCCCGUCUGGGCACUUGUGCUCCACUUCGUCUAGUUGGUGCACAAACGCACUCAAUGCAGUGUGGUGCUGAAUUGUUGCAGGCAAAAACUUAAAUAAAAAACUUUUGCUGUUUAUAUUGCAUUUCAUAUGUUGAAGCCUUCACCAAGAGCCUGAAUUGUGAUUCAUAGUUAGUGUUUAGUAAGCCAGUGAAUGUAUGAACGAAUAAAAUGCCCAUAAAUUUAUUUGUUUAGUAUAUUUUCCAAAUGGCAGAGAAGUUCAAUGUU